AUGUGUCAAACAAUCGAUCACGUGACUCGAGAAAAGGGGGCAAUUGGACGCAUUGACCCGGAAGCGACCUUGACCCCAACUUCUGGACUCGACUUCUUCAAGUCGAGCCCGAUACGUGACGAGCCAGUUGACCGGGAACAAGCCACGGGGACGUCAUCGGCGUGCAUCGACGGGAUAUCUGGGCCCAACACUGGCUGGCGUUCGGCGGGCUGGCACGAACUGAGGUCCCCGGUACUAAAUGUGACUGCCGGCUUUUUAUCAGGAGCUGGAAACGCUACGAACAACUGCACGAGUCGCCGAUGUCUGGCCAACGAGCUCGUCAACAAAAAAUUAAUCACCCAGCCGCAGCGGGACAAUUGCUCCGAGUACAUCUUCGUGUCAUCCAUCGAGUAUCAGACCAUCAAAGUCGACACAAAGAAUCUUCGUUUAGGUUGUCGUCUACGGGCCACAAUUGAAUGGACCGACGACGACUUGUACUGGGACCCGUCCGUUUACCCGUUUAACGAGGUGAUUCUGCCCGUGAGCAAAGUCUGGACCCCGGACAUAUUUGUGACCAACGGCAUAUCGUCAAGCACGCAGAACAGCUUCCGUGACUUGAUCGUGUUCAGCAACGGCACCUUGCGGCACAGAGUGGUGAUGGCGGCCGAGGUCAACUGCGAGUUCAACCUCUUCAACUACCCGUUCGCCGAGGACGAAUGUCCCGUGGCCAUCCAGACCUGGUCCACGCAAGGAUGUGGUACAACCAUGGAAAUCGGCCAAGUGGAGGUGUACGAUGGGAGCCACGGCGAAUGGGAGACUUUGGGCGCUUACCUCCACUCGACGGACGACAGAUAUUACAUAUCGGUGAUACUGAAGAUCCGUCAGCAGAACCCGUUCAUCACGCUGCUGCUGCCCAGCAUCCUGCUCAUCCUGGCCGACAUGGUGAGCUUCGCCCUGCCGCUGGGUUGCGGCGAGCGCAACUCCUUCAAGGUCACGCUGGUGCUCAGCUUCACGAUGUUCCUGCUCAUCCUCAACGACCACCUGCCCGGCGACAGCGAAUGCGGCCCCGUCAUAAAAAAUCACUUCUGCGUGUGCCUGGUGAUGCUGGUGGUGAGCAUGCUGGUGUCGAUGGUGCUGACGCGGGUGGCCAAGGACGGCGGCCUCGUCUUCUGCUGCUCUUCCGGACGGGCCGCAACCGCACACAAGCCGCGGGGAGCCGAUCGGGAAAUCAAAGCGGGCGUCAGCGUCAUCCAGCUGGACAACUCCGAGGACGGUCGGAUGCACCAGAAGCUGAGCGACUUCCUGGACGCCAUCAAAGCCAAGGAAGCGGAGCGCGAGCGCAACGAGGCGUUCGCUGACAAGAUGGACAAAGCCUUUUUCUGGUUCUAUUUCUUUCUGGGCACGUUGUACUUUUGCGCUAUGAUCACGGUGAUGGUGAAGUACGAAUGCAACGUGAACCACUUGGAUUUCUGGUGAACGGGCAGCACCGGGAAGUAACGCGGUACAAAUACUUUCUGUGUUUUUUAAUGGAGUUGCUCCAGGUGUCUACACCUGACCCUUCUUCUCCUUACAUUUGAAUACAUAUAAGAGCUCGUGCACGUGUUGUCGCCAUUUUCACGGCGCCAAAUUGCCGCUCAACAGCGUGACGUUUAAUAUUUACAAUACCCGAGACCUGUUGUGCCGUCGGUUGUCACCACAGACGAGACGGAUAUUCAAAGACGCCAUUCUAUGGACUAGCAGCUGCAAAGACCAGAAAAGAUGGAUGGACUACGGCAAUUAAACGUGAUGGAUGGGGCCCAACCAAAAUACACACAAGUGUGUAUGUAGCCAUCGCUGCACUUCAGGUAGGAAUUAUUCUUCUCAAUCUCAAAUUCCCAAGAAGUAUUUAGAACUUGUAGCAUUUACAAGUUGGCAAAAAAGACGGACUCAUCUCCAACGUACACGGAAGCGUGUUGCGGCCACACAUUAAACGUCCGUAAACCUCUCCCCGACAUAAUUUUUUUUUUUUAAAAAUAUCCAUUCUUAUCAAAUGAGUCCAAUGGUGUAUUAAAAAAGAAAAUAAAGCACCGGUCAGUGAUAUUUACGUCGGUGAACGCGUGGCCACAACGCGCUUCCGUGUACGGGGGCUGAAGCCUAUCCCAGCGGUUUAUUUUCUUUUUUUAAGUACGCAUUGGACUCGUUUGAGAACAAUGCAUAUUUAAAAAAAAAGAAAAAGCUGUCACGGAGAGGUUUACCGAAUUUUAACGCGUGGCCGCAACACGCUUCCGUGUACAGAGGAGCUGACUCGCUGUCUUUUUUUGUUUUUCCAGUCAUAGUUAAUGAAUGCAAGUUUGGGUAAAACCGGGGGUCAUUUAUUGAUAUACUAGUAUUUUGUAUUGGAAAAAAUCUUGAGUGGCUCCAUCACUAUGUGGGAUUUAUCCUUGACUGAGAACAGAUCCAGCAACGAAGUAUUUGUAUGCGUCCAGACUUUUCUAGGCUUCCAAACUCUUCUAACUUACUCAGCAGAUCCAGAAACAUCAAAUUCAGCUAUGGCCGGUCACGUGACUUCGGUGCACGAGCUCUAUAAAUGUGUAUUUAUAUUUAAAAAUGUGUAUAUAAGAUUGUAAUCCGUUGAAAUCUCGGGUCCUCAUCAGGUGGACGAACCGAGAACAGGAACUUGGGAGGAAUGUGAACUCGGAACCGAUUCGGAGUAGCAAUGUGUUGGCUAACGAGAAUGAUUCAUGGUGAAAGUUCCUAAAAGCACCAUCUUCUCGUGUUCAUAAAUUCUCAUCUGGAACAUCACAUCCUUUCACGCAACGUUUUUUUUUUCCCGUUAUCAUUAGUGAAAUUCAUUAUUUAUUUUAGUUUUGGGGAUGACCAACACUGGCUAGCUAGCUUCCACGACAACGCGCGACGUAACGCUCAUUUUCAUCUUCUCAACACGAGCACUUACAGUAGCUGUGGGAGUGAAAAUGAAUUCAUUUUGUAAAAUUAAAUUUCAGUC